CUCAUGACUGCCCUACAUAUAACUGAAUCAAAGGCGAUGAUUGUAUAACAACAAAACCAAAAGUCAUAUUCUAUUGGUCUCUUUAAGAAAAUACUACCAUAACAGACUAACAGAGUAUAAGUUCCAAACAGCCUAUUGAUCGACUAAAGAUCUCUGCAUAAAUAAGUCUCUUAUAAAUAAUGUUCCUAUCAUUAUAACAUUAUGUCAAAUGCUGCUGUUGGCGUCAUCGUGGUUGCAAUUAUCGCUUUUAUAACGGUACUCAUCUGUGGAUUAAUGUGCAAUUUAAGUUCUUUCAAGAAAAAAAAGAAGGAGCCAUUAGACAACGACUCUUGGUUUAUUCCCCUGGCCAUGGUCCAGUUCUUGGAUGACAUGGAGAGGGAAAAGCCCAUUCAGUUCACCUCUCAUCAUCUAAGAAUAGCCACCGACAACUUUACCAUCAAACUGGGUUCAGGUGGGUUUGGGACUGUUUACAAGGGUAUCAUCAGUAACAACACACCUGUAGCAGUCAAAGUACUAAAUGGGACUUCCGACAAGAGCAUUGAGCAACAAUUCAUGGCUGAAAUGAGCACAAUGGGAAGAACCCAUCACUUUAAUCUGAUUAGGCUAUACGGAUUUUGCUUCGAGUCAAGUUUAAGAGCUCUUGUAUACGAGUUUAUGGUAAAUGGCUCUUUGGAUCACUAUUUGUUUAAAGAGGACAAAAAAACUAUUAUAGGGUUCAAGCAGCUCCAUGAGAUUGCACUGGGUUCGGCAAGAGGCAUCACAUACUUACACGAACAAUGUCAUCAAAGAAUAGUCCACUAUGAUAUCAAACCAGCAAACAUCCUGUUAGAUUCCAACUAUUGUGCAAAAGUAGCCGAUUUUGGUUUAGCCAAACUUUGCAAUAGGGAUAACACUCAUAUAACCAUGACUGCAAGACGCGGUACCCCAGGCUAUGCUGCACCAGAGCUCUGGAUGCCUUUCCCAGUUACACACAAAUGUGAUGUUUAUAGUUUCGGGAUGCUACUUUUUGAGAUCAUUGGUAGGAGAAACAACAUGGAUAUGACUUUUGGUGAUAGCCAACAAUGGUUUCCGGUAUGGGCAUGGGGCAAAUAUGAAAAUAAACAAUUGAAAGAUUUGAUGAUAGCUUGUGGAAUUGCAAAAGAGGACGAAGAAGUUGUGGAAAGGAUGCUUAAGGUUGCUUUUUGUUGUGUGCAGUAUAGGCCCGAGACUAGGCCUAUGAUGAGCAUUGUUGUAAAAAUGUUGGAAGGGGGUUUAGAGAUUCCGGAUCCUCUAAAUCCUUUUGCACAUCUCUUUUCAGGGGCUAGUGAAGCCGGUGAUUCUUUGGCUCAAAUCGCAUGGAAUGUUGGUGGCUUAGACUGGUCUUCAUCUAAAGCCGUAUCCAAAUCUACAAUAUUAAUGGAAACACCAAUUAUGAAGAAAUAUGAGAUUACAAUUGCAUCGGUGUAAUCACAUUGAGCAGUAAAGUGGCACUGUGUAUGAUUGUUAUUGUUUUAUUAAAGCACUGUUUGGUAAUUAUUGGAAUAGAUAGAAUGAAAACAUUCUGAUACUUGAAUGUUGUUAAGUAA